AUGGAGACGGACCAGCCAUGGCUCUCCGGGCAGAAGUACAGCUUCUAUCAGGACAACUCGCAUUUUCCUUGGGCGGCCUCGAAAGAAAGGGUCCAGAAAGUUGCUGAAGUCUACGUGCAGCUGGAGGACGACGCCCGAGUGUUGGUUUGCCGACGCCGAGUUUUUGCCAAUCGGGUAAUACGACUCUGGGUGGAGGAUGCGCCUGAACGAGGGGGCAUCCUUAUUCGUGCUCACGACGAGGCUGCCGGGGGUUGUGGGCAUUUGGACAUAUCAGAUGAUCAGCUGCGGCAUGCAUACCGCCACUUCGCGCAUGGCCGGCUAGGCGGGAUGCCUGCCCAGAUGGCACUGCCGCGAGACGGUGUCAUGAAGGGCUUGCCUCCAGUGAAGACAGACGAGGCUAUGGAGGUGGCUUUGACACAGGAGUUGGUAGCGAGCUUGCUGGACGCCGUCCGUUUCGAGGUCAACAGUUUCGGGGAUGAAUGGACCAUCUACUUGCCUGGAUUCGGGCUCAAAGCAAGAUCCGAGGUGCCCCAAGGUCCAGCAAUGCAAGUAACUGCGCAGCCGCCCGUCGCAGGCAUGCCAGCCCGGAAGCUUUCGGAUGGCGGCCAUGGCGGCGCAGGACACUUGCCACCGCCACCAGGUUCCGGCCGAGUUGAUCUUCCCACUGGCGAUCCGCAUCUCUCAGGAGGCCGCCGCGAUCAACACCGGCACCCGGACCACUUUAGAGGCCGAGCUACCCGGAACUCCGAGCAAAGCGCGGGUCACGGCGGCCAGGGGCCGAUCCCAAACCGAAGGACGAUCGCGUCCGCUCAGGGGGAACCUCUACAGCUGCCUGGUGAGCCACUAACAGGUGAGGAGUGUGACCUUCCCGAAGAGGAUGUGCACACGGCGCAGCGCCCUCGAACGAGUGAGUGGUACAACACUAACGGCAACAUGCUGUUGGCAAGGCCUCUCUCAGCACGCGCGCGGCCCUCCUCGGCGCCCCGACCGACGUCCCCGUCGCGGAAGCCGUGGAUUCCUCCUGGUAUACCAAAGGGCCAUCAGAUGCCACCUACCCUGCUCAACUUGGACAGCCCCAGGCCUCGAUCCGCGCCGCGGCGAAGGAGCCGGCCUGUUAGCGCUCAGCAGUCCAAGCGAAACGGUCCCUGGCCCGGGCGAAGAGUGGCGCCCUGGAUGGACACAGCUAGGGCAGGACUCCCCGAGUCUUGGCCCGAUGGCAACGACUUCGCCCGAGGUACUACACUAUGA